CUCUGCCUAUUUUCUUGCGUGCUUACUUUCUUCCUGCACGUCACGCCAGCCUCUUUGAUCUCUCUGUUUUUCAAUCUAAUCUUCUCUCACUCGAAACUUGAAAGAAAAGGACCCAGCUGAUCUGUUCUUUCUAAAUCUCGAAAGUUCGAAUCGAAACGUCCUUUCAUCAACAAUUUCCCAAGAGCGCGCUAGACCAUGUCAACGCGCUCGACGCAAACCGUCCUAGAGACGCCGACGAUGCUGAGGAAGAGAUCAGGCUUCCUAGUUCUUGCCGAAUAUGACAAAGCCGGAGCCCUCAAGACCAAGUAUAUCGAGUCGGCUCAGAUUGCCGGAUCAUCUAGGGUUGAUCUCACGCUCCCGCCCAAGAGAAAGAAGCCUUGGCAAGAGCUUCUCGAAAUAUUCUUGCCAGAUGGCUACCCGCAUAGCGUAACGGACGACUAUGCUGAAUAUCAGAUUUAUAUAAGGGACUCUCUUCAAGCUUUUGCUGGCACGAUUGCCGGCAUGAUUUCAUCGCGUGCUGUUUGGCAAGGUCUUGGCGUUGGCGACUCAUUAGCAUCGCCAACCGGGGCUAUGCUCAUCCAAGUCACUCGAGAGUCCAUGGGAAGACUCGCAACAAUCACAUUUGCUCAUCUAUUUGCAACCUCUAUCGAAGCAGAAUGCAAGGCAUAUCGCAUGGCCUGCGACCUGUUGACUGACACAGCAAUGGUUCUGGACUGUGCAUCUCCCUAUUUCCCUCAGGAAGCCAGAUUUCUGGUUCUCUGUCUCUCCAGCAUCUUGUACUCCGCAUCCGGCGUCGUUGGGAACGCAUCAAAAAGCAGUCUCAGUGGCCACUUUGCCAAGUGGAACAAUUUGGGGGAGCUUAAUGCUAAAGAUGCCAGCCAAGAGACAGCCAUUUCUCUGAUAGGAAUGCUUACGGGAACGUGUCUGUUGUAUUUCCUGACCGACGAGACACUGUCGUGGAUUGUGCUCUUUAUCCUACUGGGCGUCCACCUACUUCUCAACUGGAGGGGCAUUCGAGCAGUACACUCACGUCAGCUGAAUCGCCAACGCGCCAACAUUGCUUUAUCAGCAUUGUUCUCGAAAGACGAAGUCCUCACACCUCUGAAGGUUUCCCAAAGAGAACUUAUCUUCGAGAGACGUGGGGGUGAGGUGUUCCGCUGGAACUCAGGACCAGUGUUUGGCCGCUGCAAGUACGGAGUACCCCUAAAGACCCUGCUUGAGGCUUUGGCCUCUGGGAAGAGCCACGAGAUGUCUUUCCAACUUUCAAGUGUUGACCUGUACACACUGAUGGACGUUUUCGACGGCGAGCAGUACAUUCUCUGGUGUCAAGUAUCAGUCACCUCCAACGAUGCAGCCUCCAGAAUCAAAGUUGUGGUUGUCCUGAAAGAGGGCGUGACGCCGAGGUCACAGCUGAAAGCCUGGUUCCAUGGUCUGUUGCUGGCCAGAAGACUGAGCGGACAGGAAGAGACGAACUUGUUGCGAGCUGAAUUCGAUCAACAAGCAAUGUUGGGCCACGUGGAGGAGAGUUUGCAAAUUGCAAACGAAAAGUACGAGCUGUACGCCAGGAGACUGGCGUCUGCAGGCUGGAACAUCGAGGUUCCCGUGCUGGAGACCCGGGCAGGCUCUCGCAUUAUUCGGGAGCCUGACGAGAUGAGAGCGCACUGAGGAAUUAUCCCGUCGGCCGCAGGGGUUGAAGAGAUGAUCCGGAUCUAGAUAGGCUCGGGCAAACACACAACCGUUAGAUUUGGUCUGAAGUUAAAACAUGCAGCAUAGCGUCACAGAUAUUUGCAAUAUUAUCAGGUUUGCCUGAAAGAGCUACGUCUUACACAUUUCUGUGAGAUGAAUCUGAUGAUUUGCAGUACAUAAGGUAGCCCGUCCAGGUAGAUAUGCUAGAAUUGAUCAGCAGAUUACCACCUU